AUUGUGAUUUAUUAUAUAUUUCCGUGACGACACGAGAAAGCGCUAUACAGAACACGAAGUACACCAAGGACAUCGUCGUUUAAAAGAUAAAAGAAAAUGUUGAAUUUGACUGCUUGGAUUAUUGUAUUCACAGGGCUGAUACUUGUAAUACACGUUCAAUCAGAUAUCAUUGUUCAUAUUAAUUGUGAAGAUAUCCUAAAUUUCUAUGCUAAUGGCGAUGACGUUAAUCGGAACGGCGAAACCAAAUCACCAAACAUUAGUAUUCCCGAUACUACAAACGUUGUUGCUGUAGCAUGCCACCAAAAAGAGGGACCUGCUGGAAUGAAGCUGACAUUUAGUAACGGCAUUAAAUCCGACCACUUAUGGAGAUGUUACAGUCAUUUAGUGGAAGGUUGGCAUGAAACAAGCUUUAAUGACGAUGCUUGGCCAAACGCCAUUGUGAUUAAAGGAAAUUGGAUCUGGACAGCUGGAUACCCUCAAGAUGACAGAGUUUAUUGUAGAAGGCAUAUCGCUAUUACUGGUUUAGCUGCAUGUGAUAAUAUCAUGAACUUAUAUGUUGACGGUGUUGAGUAUAAGAAUGGUAAUGCCAGUGACUGGUAUGAACCUUCAACCAUCAUUAUUCCUGAAGAUACAGAAGUUGUUGGUAUAAAGUGUCGCAAUACAGAGGGACCUGCUGGAAUAAAGCUGUCAUUGAGUAACGGCAUUGAAACCAGUGCAUCAUGGAAAUGUUACAACACACCGGAAGAAGGAUGGAAUGAACCCGAGUUUAAUGAUGCUAAUUGGCCAAACGCUGUCGUUGUUAGAGAUGGAUGGAUUUGGACACCUGGAAACCCCCAGGAAGACAUAGUGUAUUGUAGAAAGGUUAUCAUAGACCGUACAGGUGAAAUGUCGACAAGUACUAAAGCAGUUGAAAUACCGUCAAGUACUGAAGCAGGUGAAAUGCCUUCAAGUACUGGAGCAGUUAUUGGUGUCGAUGUUGUAAUUUGUGCUAUUGGAAUAGUACUAGUAUUUUUCUGCCGUGCAAAGGACGAUAAUUAGUGUUCGAUCAGGUCAGAGUAUUCGAUCGCAGACCACGUGUUUUCUUAUAUUCGAUUACUAGUUUGAUAUAUUCGAAUAUAUUCAAAUAUUCUUGACACAUUAAGUUAAGCUAUUUAGUUUUAUAUGAAUAACUAUUUUAUUACUAACGACUCUUACUUCGGCAAAUAUAACUGUGAUUAAAAUAUUUUUUGGUUUUAUAAUGUAUUGCAUUAAUAUCUUGUAGCUCGGUUCUGUAGAACUAUCAGUGCUAUGCUAUGAGUCGAUGGCUAGAUGUGGCAAGUCAGUGAGCCAAAAACUCCCCACACCCAACGCAUGACUCAUACUCUCUUCUCUGCUACAUAUUUAAAUAGCCUUGUGAUCGUCUAAUAUUAUCUCUGGUUAUAUUUGUAAUUCUCGUAAUUUGGCUAAGACUCACGUUGUGUAUAUUUUUCUUACUAUCUUAAAAGACGUUGGUCCUACCAGGAAUAACAAUGCAACAGUUCGUUUCUACAUUUGUAUGUGACGCACUGGAUACAUAUGUUACAAGACUCAACUCAUACUUUUUAAACAAAUUUUAUCAUUUUAAUGCGAAAGCCUCAAUCGGAAUGUGAACAAUGUCAAGUGCCUUUGACGGUGAAGCACAUUUUGAUUGAGUGCAAGUGUCUUGGAUAUAAUUAGAUGAAAAUAUUACCGUUGUCAGAUAUUAUACCAUUAGUUGCUCAACCGGAUCCUAAACUUUUUAAAAGAGACAAAAUUUAUAUUCAUAAAGUAUUUGAUAUUUAAUUUUAAUUUUAUAUAAUAUCUGUUUGUUUUUUAUUUAUGGAUAUAAAAAUAUUUCUGUGAUUUCUUUUAUUUUGUCUCGAAUAAUUUCACCAUAUGUUCUGGUGAUAUUCUGUGUUCACAUAGAACCAGCUAUGUUUUGGUUUUAUAAAUCGUUUUAUGUGUAUAGUUUGUAUUCUGUUUUCACGACUAUUUAGUAUUCAGUAGUUCAUUCAGUAAAGACUUGCCUUGUUAUUAAAUUUUAUAUUGGAAGUGUGAUUUAUUAUCUUAUAUAUAUUUUGUUUCCUUUUUACACAACUAUGUUUUAUUUGAUCUUACAUCAAAUAUGCUAUAUUUUGUACGCUAAUCUUUAAACACGACUAUUUUAGUUAUCCAAUAUAUUCAGCGUAUGCUUAGCGUAUAACACUUACGCGCGAAUACGGACGCCUUGCCACAUGCCACCAUAUGGUGCCGUGCUUGAAAGUACAUAACCUGUGCCUUGCGCACCCCUAGCGCAUGGCUGUAUAUGAUGUUAUUUUGCAAACGCUGACAUACGCUAGUACCAUAAGCAAUACUAUGAGAGAACCAGCCAGAUCAAGUAACAUAUAAUAUCCUUGUAUAUUAGUAUACUUUUUACCAAUUUAUUUGGUUAUCCUAAUUGUAUAUUAGUAUUCUUUUUAUCCAACUAUUUGUUUAUCCUAAUUGUAUAUUAGUAUACUUUUUACCAAUUUAUUUGGUUAUCCUAAUUGUAUAUUAGUAUACUUUUUAUCCAACUAUUUGUUUAUCCUA